GCAGCCUCCCCCAGGUUUUGUGAAACAGAGAGAGAGAAGCACAAACCGGGUGCUGGGGCUACAAUAUGAUAGAUCUAUAUAAGUAGCACAGCCCUAACCUUCCCUACCUCACAAUUGAGUGGAUUAACACUCACACAGUUCCAGUUCUACCCACCCGAUCACAUAGAGCUACCCAUUUCUCCUGCUUCCUUUCUCUUCUCCUCUCUUCUUUGUGGAAAUUUUAGCCCAUUUUCUUUCCACACCAUAUCAGACCAGAAGAUGGAUUCCUUGAAAUCUUGGGUUUCCGAACACAAACUCACCAGCAUCAGCGCAAUGUGGGCAUCGGCAAUUGGGGCAUCACUGGUUUAUACGCGUUCGAGAACCCCACUUAAGACGAGCAUGAGGCUCAUACAUGCUCGGAUGCAUGCACAAGCCUUAACCUUGGCAGUGCUCUCUGGUGCAGCGAUUGUCCAUUAUUACGAAAACAACCAUUCUGGCGAUCAGCUCCCCAACUCUGCCCAAGUUCCCUUAAACAGCUAAAUCAGUGUUUGUUUUUUCUUUUACUUUUAUUGCGGAAGUUGGUAAUAUCAUGGGUUAUUGUCUUUUAGAUAGAUGAUUAGACGAAGGAUGAAUGCCUUCGUUUUUAUGUAUGUAUAUACAUAUAUGACGGAACUAUAUGAAUAGAAUUUGUAUAUUCUUUUUCC